UUUUUUCUUAUCUCCAUGAUUACAGCUCAUUAAUGCGGUACCACUGACCUCUUCAAAACAGAGUGUGAAACUUACCAGAACAAUCAGUCAGAACAGAAUCCUGAGUAGAUCUCACUUUCCCCAAAAGCCAGUGACACACUGAAUUCCACAGCAAGAGAAACAUGUCAAGGCGAUCUGCCACUUGUUUGAGGUGUUGCCUGGUGGUGUUUGCGGUGGUUUCAGCUUUAGCGGUUUGUGGGCCGGCCCUGUAUUGGAGGUUCAAGAAGGGUGUUCAGUUGGGUGGUGCCAAAUCUUCUUGCCCAACUUGCAAUUGUGAUUGCCCUCCUCCUCUGUCCCUGCUCAAAAUCGCUCCUGGAUUGGCCAAUCUCUCAGUCUCAGAUUGCGGAAGUAAUGACCCAGAUCUGAAGCAGGAGAUGGAGAAGCAGUUUGUGGACCUCUUAACAGAAGAGUUGAAGCUGCAGGAAGCUGUCGCCACGGAGCACACCCGACACAUGAACAUCACAUUUGCUGAGGCAAAAAGGGUGGCUAUUCAGUACCAGAGAGAAGCAGAAAAGUGCAAUGCUGCAACAGAAACAUGUGAGGAAGCAAGAGAGCGUGCCGAGGCAUUGCUCAUCAAAGAGAGAAAGGUGACUUCCUUGUGGGAAAGACGAGCCCGUCAAGUGGGUUGGGAAGGGGAAUAGUUUGUAAAACAUGGCUAAUUGCAUGCCAUUCAGUUGAUCUACUUCUUUGUGUUUCUCCCCGGUAUUAUACAUACAACCAAGCAAAAUUGCUUCGGUUGUAUCCCUGUUACAGCACGAGUGAUCUGUCUCCCUCACCCUCUGUCCCUCUUCCAAUUGACUUGUAUUGCCCAGAAAUGGCAUAUAGUGAUCAGAUUAUCCUUUGUAAACGAAACCCAAUUUCAGUACAAAUAGAGAUACCAGUUCAAGCA